GGAAGUGUGAGAGGCGAAAUCUGCCUAGCAACCGGGGAAGCCGGGCUGUGAAGCGGGCAAUUUCAGUGUGAGAAGGAGCGGCGAGACCGAGCGGCGGCUCCGAGUGCGCCGAGGCAGCUCCUUCCGCCCGGGGUCAGCGCCCCGGCGCGCGCACGCGCACCCUCGCUGCCUGAGGGUGCGCGCCCCGCGCAGUCGGUCGGUCUGUCGUCCGUCGUCCUGUCUCCGCAGCCGCCUCAGGCGCCACCCGAGGGAGCCGUCGCCGUGGGACGCGACCCGACCGGACCCGAGCGUUCUGCCCGAGGCCGGCCCGGGGCCCAGCUGCCGAUCGUGCGGAGCCGAGCAACUUCGGUUGGCCUGCACAUUGAGCCAGCACAUCCACACAAGUUGCCUUUUGACAGAGCUGUGGCCAUGGCUGCAUAGUAGGACCAGCACCCCGGACUCUGAGGCCAGAAUGAGCGAAGAAGCAUGUCGAACCCGCAGUCAGAAGCGAGCCCUUGACCCCGACCUCACGGAGGAUGAUGUGGAGAACAAGAAAAUGAAAAUGGAGAGAGCACCAUCAGAGCUGACCGUGGACGGAGACACCACGGUGAUGCCUGAGUCAGGUGUAGGCCCAGCCCAGGGGUUGCUGAGGACAACAGAGAUCACGGCCACAGGAUCAGGCGAAGGGCUGGUAGGAGAUGGGCCUGUGGACAUGCGCACCUCACACAGUGACAUUAAAUCUGAGAAAAGACCUCCCUCACCUGAUGUGAUCGUGCUCUCUGACAGUGAGCAGCCAUCAAGCCCAAGGGUGAAUGGGUUGACCACAGCAUCCUUGAAGGAUACCAGCACUGAGGCGCUCCUGAAAAGCAGCCCAGAAGAGCGAGAGCGAAUGAUCAAGCAGCUGAAGGAGGAGUUGAGGCUCGAGGAAGCAAAGCUGGUUCUGUUGAAGAAGCUACGACAGAGUCAAAUACAAAAGGAAGCCAUAGCGCAGAAGCCUGCAGCUUCCUCAGGGACCUCCGUGACCACCCCUCCCCCACUCGUCCGGGGUACUCAGAACAUUCCUGCUGGCAAGACAUCACUUCAGACCUCUUCUGCUCGAAUGCCCGGCAGCAUCAUCCCACCGCCACUGGUCCGGGGUGGGCAGCAGGUGUCUGCCAAGCUGGGACCACAGGCCAGUUCCCAAGUAGUCAUGCCACCACUUGUCAGGGGGGCCCAGAUUCACAACGUCAGACAGCACCCCUCCACAGGGCCACCACCCCUCCUCCUAGCCCCCCGCGCCUCAGUGCCCAGCAUGCAGAUUCAGGGACAGAGGAUCAUCCAGCAGGGACUUAUCCGUGUUGCCAAUGUCUCUAAUACCAGUCUACUUGUCAACAUCCCUCAGCCCACUGCAGCCUCACUGAAGGGGACAACAGUUGCCUCUGCUCAGGUCAGCUCCACCCCAACCAGUGUGGCCUCUGUGGUUGCAUCUGUUGAGUCUCCAGCCAGCCGGCAGGCUGCUGCCAAGCUAGCGCUACGCAAGCAGCUGGAGAAGACAUUGCUCGAGAUUCCACCUCCCAAGCCCCCUGCUCCAGAAAUGAACUUCCUGCCCAGUGCUGCCAACAAUGAGUUCAUCUACCUGGUUGGUCUGGAGGAGGUGGUGCAGAAUUUGCUGGAGACGCAAGCGGGAAGGAUCUCUGCCAGCACAGCUUCUGCUAUGUUAUCCCGGGAGCCCUACAUGUGUGUUCAGUGCAAGACAGACUUCACAUGCCGCUGGCGGGAGAAGGGUGGAGCUGUUAUGUGUGAGACCUGCAUGACUUCCAACCAAAAGAAGGCACUCAAGGUGGAGCACACCAGUCGGCUGAAGGCUGCCUUCGUGAAAGCACUGCAGCAAGAGCAGGAGAUGGAGCAGCGGCUGCUGCAGCAGGGUGUGGGUACCGCCAGCACCAAGGCUGAGGCUGCAGCCCCACAUCCCACGCUGAAGCAGGUCAUAAAGCCCCGACGUAAAUUGGCGUUCCGCUCAGGAGAGGCCCGUGACUGGAGUAACGGGGCUGUGCUACAGGCUUCCAGCCAGCUGUCCCGGGGCUCAGCCACAACACCUCGUGGCGUUCUGCACACAUUCAGCCAGUCACCCAAACUGCAAAAUGCAGCCUCAGCUACGGCCCUGGUAAGCAGGACUGGCAGACAUUCCGAGAGAGCUGUGGGCACCAGCAAGGGCACCGCCUCCAACUGGAAAAAGACACCCCUGAGCACAGGUGGGACCCUUGCCUUUGUCAGCCCGAGCUUGGCAAUGCACAAGACCUCUUCAGCUGUAGACCGUCAGCGAGAAUACCUCCUGGACAUGAUCCCUCCACGCUCCAUUCCCCAGUCAGCCACAUGGAAAUAAUGGGAGCCGGCCCAGCUGAGGACAGGCCCUUUGCUCUCCACGGCUCCUGGUCUAGGACACACAGACCGCCCUCCUAAC